UGCCAGCUCAGAGGAACUUAGGAAGAAGUUCAGAUCCUCUACAUGCAGCUGACUUACCUUCCUGGUGCUCAGUAAUGGAACUAUGGAAGACAUUUCUGAGUUGACUUGAUGAUGGACAUUGUCUUGACCUUGUCAUUCUUAGACUGAUCAUCUGAACUGUUUGAAGACUUUUUAUUUGUAGAAGGGACAACAAUGACCUCCUCUCCAAUAAAUGUGACAGCUGAGGAUGGAAUGGGGAUCUUUGGUUCCCUUGGAGAAGGCUUGCUGUGGCAGAGGAAUGGGACUCCUGCUAAUGUGACUUCUACCAAUGUGACUUCUACUAAUGUCACUUCUCUGGUUCCUCACAGAUUUGUGCAACCUCCCUGGCGUAUCGCCCUAUGGUCAUUGGCUUAUGGAUCAAUGGUGGCCGUGGCUGUUUUCGGGAAUAUCAUUGUCAUGUGGAUCAUACUGGCUCACAAAAGAAUGAGGACAGUCACAAACUAUUUUUUGGUCAGUCUGGCUUUCUCUGAUGCAUCUAUGGCUGCUUUUAAUACCUUGGUGAAUUUCAUAUAUGCUCUUCACAAUGAAUGGUACUUUGGGGAGGCAUACUGUAGAUUCCACAACUUCUUCCCAAUAACAGCUAUCUUUGCCAGCAUCUACUCCAUGUCUGCUAUUGCUGUGGAUAGAUAUAUGGCUAUUAUCAAUCCAUUGAAGCCACGUCUUUCUGCUACUUCUACAAAAGUGGUCAUCGGAAGUAUCUGGGUGUUUGCAUUUGUGCUGGCUUUCCCUCAGUGCCUUUAUUCCGAAAUAAGAGUAACACCGAAAAGGACACUAUGUUUGCUUGUCUGGCCGGGGUUUGGGAAAAAAUUAACGUAUCAAAUCAUUGUGGUUCUGUUUGUUUAUUGCUUCCCAUUACUUGUCAUGGGUAUAACAUACACAAUUGUUGGAAUUACGCUGUGGGGAGGAGAAAUACCUGGGGAUACAUCUGACAAGUAUCAUGAACAACUAAGGGCAAAGAGAAAGGUGGUGAAAAUGAUGAUUGUGGUGGUGGUGACCUUUGCAAUCUGUUGGCUUCCCUAUCAUAUAUUUUUUAUUGUAACUGCACUCGAUAUCAAAGUGGAGAGAUGGAAAUACAUCCAACAAAUCUAUUUGGCCAUUUUUUGGCUGGCAAUGAGCUCAACAAUGUAUAACCCCAUAAUAUAUUGCUGUCUUAAUAAAAGAUUUCGUGCUGGUUUCAAAAGAGCAUUUAGAUGGUGUCCAUUUAUUGAAGUAUCCAGUUAUGAUGAAUUGGAGCUCAAAUCCACCAGGUUCCACCCAACAAGACAGAGCAGUCUAUAUACGGUAUCCAGGAUGGAAUCCAGCAUGACUGUUGUAUUCGAUCCAAAUGAUGGCGAAAAUUCCAAAUCUAUUCACAGCCACAAGAAAAGAGUUACUUCUAGCGAAUCGACUUUAAACGGUUGUUCCCGAAAAAAUUCAACGGAUGCCUCCACAAAUUCCAUUUUCAUUAGUUCCCCCUGUACAUCGGCAGACUGUUAUUCAUGAAUUGUUUAUCAGGCAGUAUUAAAAAGAUACUGAAACGAUAAAUCUAUUUUUAACUUGUAAUGAAAUAGGCAUGACAAGAAAUCAUGGCCAUCUUAUUAAAUGCGAAAUGUUUGGCUUUAAACAUCAGGGAGGUUUGUCCGUUUCAUGAAUUUUAGCCUUGUGUCCAGACAUGGAAAAUGACUCCUUAUUUUUACUCUUUAAACAUAUCAAUUGUCAGUAGGUGAAUGUAAAGGCAUGGUGUUUGCUUGUCUACUAUUUUGUACUGUUUUGUGCAUUACCAGUGCAAUUGAUGGCAUGCCUUGUGACUUAUUUUUUGAAUAAUAUUUGUAAACAGAAAAAUACAGUAUAAGGGCACACUUUUUAGAAAAUUCUAAUCCUCAGCUUAAAGGAGAACUCUAGCCAAAACUAAUUUAUCCCCUAUCCUUAUCCAUUAUACCAGCAGUCGGACGCCCUUUGAUCUCCAGAAUGGGACUCUAGACAGCAUGCGCUCCAUAAUUUCCAUGGGAGUAUCGGUGAUGCCAGAGUGCUGUACUUGGCUCUUUUAGGCAUAGCCUUAGAAAUGAAUAUCACUCCUUACUGAGAGCCGAGUCCUGUUCCCGGAGAUCGCGGGGGGGGGG